AUGGUUAAAUUUUAUGCCGCUCUUUUUAUUGCCGUCGCCAUCGCUGCACUCGCCCUUGCCAUACCCAUCGAGAAGGAGCAUGCACGAGAACUUCAAGCUGAAAGCAUGUAUCAACGUGGACUCGAUGCUGAAGAUUUAAGUCUUAGUGUUAGGGACUUCCAUGAAGGCGAUCUUUCUAGGCGGGAAGUGAAUCAUGAUCUCGUCGAGCGAGACCCAAAGUUCAACCCAAAGUUCAGAUUCAGUUUCGGUAAUAUAUUCAAGGGGGUGGGCAAGGCGUUCUCCAGAUUCGGAAAAAGUUCUCGGACUGAAGCAGUUGCCGGCAUGACCCCCUGGCAGUAGGGUGAUCUGAGUUGAUGUCCUGUCAAAUCACGAUAGCCAUGCAACCCUCUAUUUGUCAACUGAGUGACUCCCCCCAGAACCUAGGGGACUAGGCGAAGGUUUUUCUCUUGGGCUGUCUUCGUAGAAAUGGUCUACAAGAAUAGACAAUUUGGAGAAACUUGAACUCUGUGAUAUCUAGUAUGAACUUGCAAUUUGAUAACCCCUAUAUCUUC